AUGACUACUAGACACUCCUCAAAUAGAAAUGGACAAUGGAACGAAUUCCUUAGUGAACAUAUGGCGCUUCAUUCACUCCAGAUACAGCAGCACCACAACCUCAUCAACAAUAUAGACAGCGGUAGUGGUGGUGGUGGUGGAGGAGGAGGCGGCGGCGCAGCAGGUAACACCAGCAGCAAUAAUAGCAGCAACAAUGGUGGGAAUAAUAAUCAUCAUCCUCGGUUUGGAGAACAACAUCAACAACAACAACAACAACCACCACCACCACCACCUCAAAUUUCACUAGUACAGCACUUGCAAAUGCACAACCAGCAUGUCUCGGAUCUUCACAACCAUACCCAACAACAAACGUUCCACCAUCACCAUCAUCAUCACCACCAUCACCAUCAUCACCAUUAUCCUCAGCAACAACAACAACCAGCUGCAUCUGCUGCCUCGUCUUCAACUGCAAGUAACAACAACAAUCACAAUGAAGCGCCUGUCAAUCCUACAUCAUCUGGAAAUAAUAAUAAUAAUGGAACCAACACCAAUCCUCGAGGAUCUAAUGGAAAUAUACAUUUCAAUUCACAACAUCAUCAUCAUCAUCAACAACCACCUCCUCCUCAACAACAACAACCUGCUAAUGCUUCUUCUUCAUCUUCUACGUCCUCUCCUUACCAAUCCCAUUAUUUCCAACCACCUCCUCCUCAGUUCCAACAACAACAACAGCAGCAGCAACAACAACAACAGGCACAAAACAACACAUCAACCACGCAAAAUUACUAUCCUCCUUAUAUGUCGCGACAACAACAAAAUUAUCAAACAAAUAAUGGAUCGCAACAACAACAACAACAAGGUGCGCCUCAACAACAACAAAGUUACCACCAUCAACAACAACCACAACAACUUUUCCUACAGUACCAUCAACGAGUACAACAGAUGCAUCAACAACAGCACCGACAGCUACACCAAAUGCACCAACAACAACAACAACAACAACAACAGAGAGACAUGCCACGAAGGUACUUGGGUGCUGGAAAUGACUUUGAUGAUCAUUCCAAUAGCAUCUAUUUACCGUAUGGUUUAGAAGGACACAAUGUCCCAUACGACGAUGCAGUGUCCAAUCACAACAACACCUAUGAAUUCUAUUCACAACUACAAAACGUUCCCAAAGGAGUACCCACUCAUAUCUUGAAACUAUUAACAAAAAAGAAAAAUGAGCUCAAAGAUGAUGAUCCAAAUCAAAAGACUUGUGGUAUUUGUUUAGAGACAAUUGGAAAUGAAACAGUUAUUGUCCUCCCUUGUAAUCAUGAAUACCAUCCAGAGGAGAUACUUAGAUGGUUUGAAGAACAAAAUACUUGUCCAGCGUGUAGAACAUCUGUUUUGGAUGCAUUUCCAAAUUACAGCAACACCAACAACACCAACAGGGAUAAUCAUCAACAACAUCAACAACAACAACAACAACAACAACGUCAUCAUCAUGGAAACAACAACAUCAACUAUGAUACUAUCGACACGGAUGACGAUGAUGAAGAGGAAGAAGAUGAAGUUGAAGAAGAUGAAGAAGAGGAAGAAGAAGAAGAAGAUGACGAUGAAGAUGAACCAAUGAUUGAAUACUAUGAAGAGGAGAACUAA